CUGGCUAAACGGACGGAUCGUUUGUGAGAGAUAUUCGCUCCAAAAAUGGCGAUUUUGGUCUUUGGUUACCCAGUUGAAACUUUCCUGGAAACUUCUGUUGAAUCGAAUUUCGUAGAGAACUCGAUUCACGCCGAUGAGCUUUUCGUCGCAAUAUCAUUGUUGAAACCGGGUUCGAGAUGGGUUCGUGGGGCUACAGCUUCAGUUGCAAAUGGGUUCUUGGAGAUAAUUUCCUCUGAGAAUCGCUCAUCCCGCAAGUUUUCUUCUCGUUUCUGUUUCUGUUUUGAUAUAUGAUCGAGUUUAUGGAGAACCCAAGGCCAAUUCAUGUCAGGAGAAAGAGCUCGAUCUUAGAAAAUUCAAGGGCACCAUCAUCCCCGGUGAUGUCUUCUCCUCUGACUAACCGCCAUAUGCGGUCUGGAUCAACAGCCGGACCAGGAACGAGCAUCAGGAAAGCCCAGACGAAAGCAGCGGCUCAGAGGCUCGCUGCUGUGAUGGCACACCAAACAAACGAUGAGGACGACAGUGAGGAUGACCUUUCUUUUGAUUACAGCGGUGGAGGCGGGAAAUAUGUUCCUCCUCGGUCUCCAGUGAAUAUAACAACUCAUCCAAGGCGUCCACAGAUGACGUUUUCACAACCAAGUGAUGAUGACAAUGGAGAUGAUGAACUUUCAGUUGAUUAUACAAGCGGUAGGCCAAGUAUUGGGCUUGCUGGUAGAAGGGUAGUAAGACCUCAGUCUCCUAUAUUGAAUAAAACUACUCCCCCGAAACGUCCACAGAUGAAUUUUCAACAGCCAGCUAAUGAAGAGACUAAGGAUGCUGAUGAUGAUGAUGAUAACGAGCUUUCAAUCGAUUAUACAAUUGGCAGACCAAGUAUCGGGCUUGGUGGUGGAAGAGCAAUGCGACCGCAAUCUUCUAUGAGCAAAAUCCAACAGGGGCGUCCACAGAUGGUUGUUCAACAGGCAGCUGAUGAAGAAAAUGAAGACGAUGAAAUUCUGGACAAUUAUUCAAGUGGCAUUCCAGUUGUAGGACUUUCGGGUGGAAGAACAAUCCGGUCGCACUCUCCUGUGACCAAAACCCUUCCAAUGAGACAUCCUCAAACAAUAGCUGAGCAACGAGUUGAUGAAGACAAUGAUGAGACAUAUAACUAUACAAGUGGCCGGCCAAGUAUAGGACUUGCAGGUGGACGGUCAAUGAGAUCCCGCACUCCAUUGUCAGUUCGCACCAAAGAAGAACAACCUCAGUCUGGAAUUCCGACUUCAGUUAGCCUACCAUCAUCAAUAUCUAAAGAUAACAUAGAACAGCCAUCUUCAGCUCUUUCAAGUUCAGUACGCCAUGCAUCUCAAAUGGACAACCCAAUGGAGCAAUCUCCAUCAGCUCGUUCAUUCAGUGGCCGUCCAGCGAAAAGUGUUCCUUUUAUGCCUGCUCCUACUGUGUCAAUAUCCUUCAAACCAGUAACUUCUGUAUCCCAAACCGAGACACCUACUAAUCUUCGUAAAGAUAAAAGAUUUUCUUCCCUGGACUUUGGAAGCUCAAACAGCCUGAGAGAGUUAGGGAGUCAACACUCUGCUUCUGUGUUGCGAGAUGAGGUUGAUAUGCUACAGGAAGAAAAUGAAAGUUUACUGGAAAAGCUUCGGCUUGCAGAAGAGAGGUUCAAAGAAGCAGAGACAAGAGCUAAGCAACUGGAGAAGCAGGUUGAAAUUCUUGGAGAAGGUGUUACGUUGGACGCUCAUCUUUUAAGCAGGAAGGAGGCUGCUCUGCAACAAAGGGAGGCUGCUUUGAGAAUCGCAGCACACACUCAUGGAGGAAGGAGUGGAAACAUUUCCGCUCUUCAAACAGAAGCUGAGCUUGCUAGGGACGAGGUAACAUCUGCUAUGGAGCAGCUCCAUGAAGUUGAAUCAGAACUUAAGCCUCUUAAGGCCAUGACCAAGAGAUUGCUAUUGAAUCAGGAGGAGAUGGAAGAGGUUGUUUUGAAGAGGUGCUGGCUUUCACGGUAUUGGAGCUUAUGUGUUCGGCAUGGUAUUCAACCCGAUAUUGCUGGAGCAAAACAUGAAUACUGGUCAUCUUUUGCCCCUCUUCCUCUUGAGAGUGUUCUGUCUGCAGGGCAAAGGGCUCGGAAGGGGUUUUCUUCAACUGAUAACACCGAUGAUGAAAAAGACAAAUCAUUGCAAGGUUUAACUGAAACUUAUGGAGAGGGAAACAUCGAAAACAUGUUAUUGGUCGAGAAAGGGUUGCGGGAACUGGCUUCACUGAAGGUUCAGGAUGCAGUGGCAUUUGCUAUGGCUCAUCAAAGACGACGGGUUUCAUUUAAAACUAGUACUUCAGAUGAAGUGAAACUCCCAGCGGAUGGACUGUUCGAAGCCUUUGGGUUAAGUGAAGAGGAAGCGGAAGAUGUGCGGUUUAAACAGGCAUGGCUUAUGUACUAUUGGAGAAGAGCUAAGAAUCAUGGCAUCGAACCUGAUAUCGCAGCUGAGCGUCUGCAGUAUUGGAUUAUCCACAGCGCUCGUUCUUCCUCCUCUCAAGAUGCAGUUGACGUUGAAAGGGGGCUGAUGGAGUUGAGGAAGAUGAACAUAGAGUCACAGCUCUGGCAACAGUUGAGAGAAGGGCUUCAACACUGAACCUCAACCCAGCUUCAUCUCUAUCAUUUCUUCUGAAAAAAGUAAGACUACAGUAUAAACACACUGCUAAUUCUCAUUCUCUUUUUUUUUUAAUGUAAAUGUUUGUUUUUCUAUUAUCUUCUUAUCUCUUUGUUUCGAAUCUUUCUACUGGGACAUAUGUAUAUGUAUUCAAUCUGAUACUGAACUGUAUGUUAUAUAGUGGUCGCCAUCGUUUGAUUGGUCAUC